AUGCCAGAAGAGGCAAAGAAGGAUGCUGAAUCAAAAGAUGUGGAGAUGAAGGAUGCAAAGGAGGCGGGUAAAGAAGACGGCAAGAAAGAUGAGAAGAAAGAGCCCGAGAAGCCAAAGGAUCCGAGGACGCUUCUCCUUGAAGCGCUCAGCCAGAAUCUGAAAACCAUAGCAGCAGGGGUGUCGGCCGGAGACCCUCGAGUAAUGGGACGCGUGCUGCGAUCGCUCGCGAGCCUCCGCCGAAAGAUGGAGCCCGAG